UAGUAUGUUGAACAAUGUUGAAGGUUCAAUCAAGAGUAGCAAUGAUAAUUCAUUAGGAUUGAGGCUAUGGCAUGUAAUUUAUGCACCUACAAAGUACAAUGUAAAUAUUGGUCAAAUAAGUCUACACAACGAAAAAUUGUCAUGAAAAAAUCAGUAAUCAAGAUUUAAAUUGCAUUAGUGCUGUCAGUGAAAAAUAAUUUUAAUAAUUAUAUAAUGGCAGGGCGAAAUGUUUUGGUCGGUGGAGGCACUGGUUUUAUUGGUAAACGAUUAGGAGAACUACUCCGUAAAAGUAAUUAUAACGUUUUAAAUGUGUCUCGUAUGCCGAACGUAACUUCCAUAUCAUGGACAUCACUUGAACAAUCUGGUUUGCCUCGAGGAAGUGUAGCAGUUGUAAACCUUGCUGGACAGCAAACUAUGGAUUUUACUAAAAGUUGGACCCCAGGAUUUAAACAAAAUGUUAUCAACUCUCGAGUAUUUACAACUAAAGCGCUUGCAACUGCAAUUCAAAAAGCUAAUGAUAAACCUAAAGUAUUUGUUGUAAUAACUGGUGUAGGCGCAUACGAGCCAUCUGAAACAAAUAGAUACGAUGAAUCCUCUCCCACCACUGGCAAGGAUUUCUUUUCGAGGCUUCUAAUAGAUUGGGAAAAUGCCGCCAGAGUAGAUCCGCCAGUGAGAUUGGUUAUAAUUCGUUCUGGUGUUGUUCUUGGAAGAGAAGGUGGAAUGAUCAAAAAUAUGAUAGUACCAUUUUUCUUUGGCCUAGGAGGUCCACUAGGUUCUGGUCAACAAUACUUACCAUGGAUUCAUGUAGAAGAUCUAACCAGUCUAAUACUGUUUGCAAUUGAAAAUGAAAAUGUUAAAGGUGUUUUGAAUGGUGUGGCUCCACAAGUGAUUACAAAUGCAGAUUUUACUAAGUCUUUUGCCAGAGCGAUGUCGCGGCCUGCGUUCAUCCCAGUACCGGAAUUUGCGCUAAAUUACCUUCUGCAUGAAGAAAGAGCCAUGCUGAUGACAAAAGGUCAACAUGUAACGCCGACGAGGGUCUUGGAGUAUGGCUUCAAAUAUAAAUAUGAUAAUAUUGACGCAGCUUGCAAAGAGUGUGCCCAUUUAUUAUGAAUACCUACUCAAUGGUUUUCAAAAACAGCUCGUAGUUUGUAUAAACUGGGGUUACAUUAAAAUAAUCCGUGAUAUAAACACGACAAGACGUCCCUUUAUUUAUUAUAUUAACAUGUGAACUGCGUUUUGUACACUGUUAGUGAAUAACAAAUAAAUUUUAUGAAUUAACAUCGUAGGUAUUACGUAGAAAAAGGCAACUUAAAAUUGUCAUAACAGAAAGUUUGUAAAUAUUAUUUGAGCUUGAAAUUUUUCGGUCCGUUGUUGGGCGUAUUUAGAAAAUAUAAGAAUAAUUAAAUUUAUUUUACAAUAAA